AUCUUUCUCAUCCCAUUACUUCCACCGUUCCAUCACAUUGACGAUUCUCGACGUUCAGUCUCAUUUAAAUUCAGCGGUCGCUCCUUCAGAAUGAGCACACACAAAGUCAAGCUGAUAGUCUUGUCCGACUUUCUCUGUCCGUGGUGUUACGUUGGCUACCGCGAGCUGCAGACCGCGAUCUCACAAUGCGCCACGCUUCCCGUUCUAUUCGAGCUCGAAUACCGCCCAUUUAUUCUGCAUCCUGCGCUGACGGACGAUGCCAUCGACAAGCACGAAUGGCUGAUGAGCAAAUUUGGAAAGCCGAAGAGUGACGCCAUAGUGCAGAUGGCGACGGCGAGAGGUGAGACUGCAGGGAUUAACUUCUCCUUCAACGGCAAAGUCAGUCAGACGACCCGCGCGCACCGACUCACGAUGAAAGCCAUGCAAGUUGGCGGCUCGUCUGUACAGCAAGCCUUGAUACGGCUUAUAUUCAAGGCCUACAUGGAGGAAGAGCAGGACAUUGCCGAUAUUGGGAAUCUUUCAGAGAUGGCGGAGUGCGCAGGCGUGAUGUCCAAGAACGAGGCGGUUGCUUUUCUCAAGAGCGAUGAAUGUCUAGCUCAGGUUGAGCAGCAGGUUGCCGAGGCCCGCGAAAAGGGUGUUACUGGCGUACCUUUCACGAUCAUAGAUGGAAAAUGGGCGGUCAGCGGUGGUCAAACAGCAGACGUCUUUGUCAAGAUCUUCAGAAAGCUUGCACAGAUACCUGGAAAUCCUCAUCAGACGGAAACUCCUAUCGCCGUGCCUAUUGCCGCUUGACGUGCUGCGUGCAUUCGCCCAUCCUCUCAUACUCACUCCACUCCAAUCCACCUCUCUCGAUCAGCGGUCAUAACCACUUGCCAUCUACGACCCUCUAUUGCCGCCCUCUCUGCUUUUUCUUUGUUCUGGUUCCUCUUGUUGUUAUCACUGUCCUUUUAUGCCGCUAUCCACUAUCUCUUACGUUCCUCUUGUUUUCCUCUGUUUCAUUUAUCAGCAGAAGGCUGCACACAAACGAUUACUUUGCGACAUGCUUUGAACGCACUGACUGAGCAAUCAAACUCCCGAAAGAUGUGUGGCGGGACAGGCAGUGCUGGAGCCGGUCAAUGACGUCAGGCAAACUUCCGCUUCAGGCGUGCAACUCGGAGCCUCAGACACCGCCUGAAUGUUAUAU